AAUGUAUUCAGCCCAAUCAACCGGAUCAAUCGCGUGUUUGGCUCAUAUGACAGUUUCUCUUCGACAAGAAUGACAGUAUAAAUAGUCGGCCGUGUUCCACGCAAGCAUCUCUCCAAAAACAAACCCCUUGUAAUAUUACUUCACGCUUCCGUGAUAAGUCCUCUUCCUCCAUAUAGAACCUACGUCUAUAUCUGUAUUUCUCUAUCCACUAUAUGUUCAGAUCGUUGACCACAAUGGGAAUUAACGCUGCUCGUUUUGCUGUUUCUGCUACAAAGAUUCACACCAAGGCUACUCUCCCUGCUCUUGAUUACGCCUACGAAGCUUUGGAGCCCAUUCUUUCCUCUCAUUUGCUCCAUUUGCACCAUGACAAGCACCAUCAAACCUAUGUCAACAAUUUGAACGCUGCCGAGGAGAAGCUGAAGGAUCCUAGUUUGGAUUUGCACACCCAAAUUGCCCUCCAAUCGGCCAUCAAGUUCAAUGGCGGUGGUCACGUCAACCACAGCAUUUAUUGGAAGAACCUUGCUCCCAAAUCUGCUGGCGGUGGUGCCUUCAAUGCUCAAGCGCCUUUGGGUCAGGCUAUCGUCAAAAAGUGGGGAUCCUUUGAGGCCUUCAAGAAGAACUUCAACACCCAACUUGCCGCUAUUCAGGGCAGUGGUUGGGGCUGGUUGAUCAAGGAUGCUGACGGUUCUCUUCGCAUCACAACUACUAUGAACCAAGACACCAUCCUUGACGCUACACCUGUCAUCACUAUUGAUGCUUGGGAGCACGCCUACUAUCCUCAGUACGAAAACCGUAAGGCCGAGUACUACGAGAACAUCUGGCAGAUUAUCAACUGGAAGGAGGCCGAGGCCCGUUACGAAGCUUAAGUACAUGAAUGAACGCUAAUGAACCUUUAACACCGACAACACUCAAAGAUCUUCAAUCACCGAAUUAACGUUGUGUUAACUGGGGAUGG